CCUAAUAAAAGUAGUCUUAGGUUGAAAAGCAAAAUGUAGCACAUCGCUUAUCCUCUGCGCAUGUCUGAAAAUCACCGAAAGGAAAAAAAAAACAACCUACGUAUAAGUACUUAACAACUUUCAACUAUCUAACGUGUAAACCAUUCGCUUCUCUGGAUAAGCCAAGUCGGAUAAAUUCAACAUACAAAAGAAAAGUGGUUGUCAUUAGAUCACACUUCUGCCUUUUUCUAAAGUGUCUUCCCAUAAAGUGUCUAUUCGAGAAGGAGAGGAUCGCUUGGCAACAUGUGCUAACACAUAGAUCUAUACAAUGUUACUGUAACAUUUGUUACUAAAGCAGAGAAAGUUUCUUUCAAAGAAAAUCAGAUCCUAAAUUUGGAUAGUACUUCAAGUUCAAGGAGGCAUUUGAUAUCUCUCCAAUAAGAAAUCUUCGAGUGCACAUUUCCACUAUGUAUUUACACCGAGUGUUGGUCCCAUUGUUUUCCAUUCUGACUUUCAUUACUUUGGUGACUGGCGUAGAAAGCAACGCUACUCCUGAUCACGAGAGAUCUCUAGGCCUCAUAACAAAUGACAACCUAGAGCGUUCUUUGAGAGAUGAUGCUACAGAACAUUCGCAAGGAAGACCUAUCAUAACAAAUAACCUGGUCGGAAGUAGUGUGAGCCUUCCUCCAAACAUAACCGCAAUGGAACAGUUACGGCGCAUCAACACGCUAGAAGCUUUCAUGGACAUUUUACGGCUGGAUGAUGGUCAAGCUUUCAAUGUGACUGAUUUUAUCACUUCUUAUGACAAUGAGACGGGGAAGUUUCUUGUAAGUGAAGGUGGAGGACGUAUUGCUGAUCCAGAUGACUGCUCACCAAGGCUCUCCACUGUCCGGCUGAACGUAACCUCUCCUGACCCCAAGAUUGUCUUCUUUCCUCAGUGCACUAAGAUGGAACGUUGUGGAGGCUGCUGUUCCUCCCCGAACUUGGAGUGUGUUCCAUCGUACACUGAGAGAGUUAGUCUGAAAGUUUUUAAAGCCGAAGUUCCCUCCACCGAUGCUACUCAGUUUGUCUACAAAGGCUUCCAGACCGUCAUAGCUGAGCGCCAUUUGAUGUGCAGGAUUCAAUGCACUUUGGACGAGACCAAAUGCGGCCCACAAAAGCUGUUCCUGAGAAAUCAGUGUAUGUGCAAGUGCCGGCAGGACUUGAGGUGCGACUCGCCCCGAGCCUGGGACCCCGAAGUGUGUAGUUGUGUCUGCGCAAUUAAGAAGGAGUGCUGCCCAAGUGGUCAACAAUGUGGGCUGAUAUUUGAUCCUGUAAAGUGCGAUUGCGCUAUCAACAAUAAUGUCUUGCGAGCCUCUUCUGGCGCCAACAUCACUGCAGAGCAACAUCAAAAUUAUUGGUCCACCUAUGGCAACAACACUUCUAACGCCAUGAAUGAUUUAGAGACCCAAACAGCUUCGCCCACUUCAACCACUACUAGCACUACUUUACCACCCAUAAUCACGACAGUUCCACUUCCGGUUCCUGAUGAUCCUUGCGCCAGACAUAGUUGCCCAGGCAAUAUGAUCAAGGUUGUAGUUCUACCUGCUAACAUAUGCGGCUGCAGAAUGAGACCCAGGACAGGUAGACCUAGACGAUCCAUUGCAAGAGUGCUACAGCCUAAAUAUAUGCAAAGAGUGUAGAGCAGUGAGAAGGCAUCGUUCAAUUGACUAUAAAUGUUGUUAACUUACUAAUAAUAAUGUAUCAAACAACAAAACAUAGAUUACAUACUCUUCAAUUAUUAUGCAUUGUGAAAGUCUAGACCCUGCACAUUGUGAUCUUUGGGUUUAAAAAAUGCUUACUGUGAAUAACUGAUUGACCUCGUAUAUUUGUUAUUGUUUUUUGUUGUUGUUUUUUUUAAUUGUUAAAAUGAGAUCAUUAUAAACAUAACCCUUUUAAAGUGAUUGUACCAUAUAGUCCAGGCAAACCCACAAGGGCAUUAAACAUAAAGAGAGCAUAGAAAUCUGUAUUGUAUUUUAGUACCACAACUAUAUUGUAUUACCAAAUCUGUUUGUCUUUAAUUUUCAUUAAGACAUCAAUUAAUAAAAGGUUUCUAGCUUUUUUAAUUCUAGCACUACAUUAUUACAUAGUCCUAUAUUAAUAAAGAAGCCUACUAAUAAUAGUAGAUGAAUAAAUAUAUAGUAUUCUAAAGUAAUGGGCCUACAUUAUAUAGAUAUAAAUAAUAUCAUGACUCAUUUAACAGCUUUCAAUCACCCUUGUAACAACUUCCUCACCAAAAAAAUAAACACACACAUUUACCUUUGACUCAUUCUUGUUUAACAUAGAAACUCUAAUACACUCAGUAACAUACCUGUACAGUCAUUUAACUCACAUCUAUAGCUACCUUUUGACAAACAAUAUUUCAUUAAAAUUUAUUUUUAAAACACUUAGCUGUUAGAAAAGGUAACAUAAAUUUAUAAUAUUUCAUGCCCCAAAUGGACCUAGAGGUACAAAUAAAAUCACAUUUCUUACCCUGCAUGCUGGUCCAGACACUGGAGAACAUUUUCUGUUGUGCCUUGCAAUCUAAGAAUGGAUUCUAAAUCACUGGCAAGGAAAACCAAUUUUAAAAAGUAUAAAACACUAAUAACAAGACUAACAUAUAUACAAAUACUUUUUUUUUUUUCUGCCUAUUAGCUAUGCCUGUGUGAUCAAACAGUGCACAUUCUGAAGAGUCUUUACAAACAGAGGAAAUUGGAAACUUACAUUUGAACGGGAAUAAAAAAGUUAAUAAUACUAAAAUAAUAUUCUUAAAUAAUUGCCUUAAGUGCUUUUACCUUGAAAACAAAAAUUAAGGUAAAUGGAUACGAAGACGAUAAUGUUGGGAAUACAGUUUCAACAUAAGAAAUAUUUGUAAAAUAAUUUUGUUUUGAUGUUAGUGUAAGUAUUUCAAAUCUAUUUAUUGUUUGUUUUCUUUUGGCUCAAACGUGUUUUUGGUGCUAUGUCUAGCACUUCAAAAAACUAGAAUCUCUUUGCUUUUUAAAACAUAUUUAUUAUAUAAUAAAUCAAUGCUGUGUAACUUAACAAAAAUCAAAUUGAUGAUAAAAUGGCAAAAACAUGUCUAUAAUAAAAUGCUGCUUUGUUUUGUUAUUUAUUUUAAAUAACUAUUGUGUUUGGUCAAAUGUUUUUCUUUUGAUAUUGGUAAUUUUAAAAAAGUUAACUAUCCAAUCAAUGAAUGAUAAGAAAAAAUAGACUAUGGAAUUGAGUGGUGAAGACAUCUUGAUAUUUUCAGAAGUUAAAUCUGAUCUCCCAGUGUCCCAUGGGGAACCUUUAGGUGAAGAGAUUCCUCUUUACGAGUACAAUUUAAUACUCAAGAAGUAGAGAUCACAACAAGAUUUAACACAGACUAAAUUAAGAUAUAAUUGAGCAGAUAAAACAGUUGAUCUAUUUAAUCAGUGUUAUCACAAGCUGUGAAGAUGCAUACAGUGAUGUUGCAUGUCAGAUAGGGAAAGCAGGAACCAUCUUUCAAAAGCUACAGUUCAUCUUGGCAAAUAAAUCAAUCAACUUGGAGACUAAGAUUCACCUCAAUACAAUCAACAGUCACCUACACUUGUGAUACAAGGAAUUCAUCCAUAAAGAUUGAAAAGAGACUAGACUCAUGGUGAUGACGGAGAAGGAUCCUAAGAAUAACAUACUAAUAAGCAGGAUCUUAUAAAUCAAAAUUGCUGCAUUUGUAUAAAUCCCAAUGCUUGCUUUAAAUUUUUCUUGAAUUUUUUCCCAACUAUUUUACCAAUAAAUAAAAUAAAAAUUUAGAAAGAAAACAGAACUAGAACUUGUGCCACAGGUUAUUAUUUUUAAUGCUUAUAUUUAUCACAUAUAUAAAUAUGUUUCAAAAUAAGAUAAUUAAAAAUCUAAUCAAGUGUGAGCAUACAUAAUACAAAGUCUGUUGUAGUUAAAAAAACGAACAAACUAGAAGUCAGUGACAAAACUAUCAAACUUAAUGUCACUAUGACAUAAUAUUCAUGAGAUUUAAUGUGAUAUCAUAAUACAAGUCUGGUGAAACAUACUUAAAUAUUGCAGAAUCUUGUUUUUUUUGUUUAAAUGAAAUGCAUCAGUUAAAAUAAGCCAACAUAUAAAUACACAGGUAUAAAUGGCACAGGGAACAAAACAGUUUGCAUUUAUUCAAUUCUUUUUUACACCAAAUAUUAGAGACGUAUAUAUCACAAAAACUGCAAAUUAAACAUUGCACAAAUAAAAUGUUGCAACAAAUUAUGAAAUUGAAAUCAGUUUACAAUGUUUUUAAGCUUCAGAUACUAAAUGUUUUAAAAUAAAUCCUACCUCACUAAAGUUGUUUGUUUUAAAUUAAGCAUUAGUUGUAAGUGAUAUUAUAUAUUUUCAAAAUUCUAAAACUUGUAUCAUACUUUAAGCUGUUCUGGUGGAAGGUUUUUAAUAAAAAUUAGUGAUUCUCCUAGAAAUGUUGAGAUGAUUUGUAGAGCAUUUUAUUAUUAUUAUUAGAAAAUUUGACCAAGUCUAGACAUUUUUUGUUGCAGUAAUACCAUCUACUAAUACAAACGAGACAUUACACUGUACAUUAACAUUUGUUUCCAAUUAUUAGAUUGGUACAAAAUAAAUUCCCUUCUAAAAUAUCCAAUAAUAGCUUUUGACUAAUUGUUGGAUAGCUUUCAUUCACACCAGCAAAACAUCUACACAUAUUAAGAGCAUUUGUACACAAAAUAUACACAUAUUAUGCUUCAUUAUUUUGGAUACUAUAUAAGAAAAGGGGAACAAGCAUACAAAAGUAGAUACCACAGAAUUCUGGUUCUUGAGAUUUGGACCAUUUCAUAAGCAUGUUAUAUUAAAAAUGCUUUAUAGCAUAAUAAAGAAUUUUACAACCUGAGUUAUACAAACUUUUGAGGGCAUUCAGAAGCCCUAAUUGGGGCAGUUAGCAGCCCUAAUGGAGGCACUCAGAAACAUUUUGGUGAUGGUGUACUGUGUUUUGAAAGAGGAAUUAAUGAAGAAAAGACCAAAGAAGAUAGAGGAAAUCAAAAGUAUCUAGCUCUACAAGGUAAAACAUUGAAUGAUGCAUACAUAUUACAUAUAUAUAGGCAGCACUAGGGACCAAGUAUUUAAUGACAAAAAAUGGUGAAUUAAAUAUAUAAAUAUAAUGGACUGCGCCCUUGGUAGGAAAAUAGCUGAGAAACACAUUUCCUGACCAAAAGUCAUGGAGAGAAAUUUUUAGACUUAUUUUUCAAAUUAAUAGAAUAAUUAAACCAGCAGUAGAAGUGUCACUUUCUGUCUUUAUAAAAGAUUUAAAUAAUAAACUGGAAUCACCAUUGGGACUGCAUCAAUUCAAAAUGGCUAACAUUGGAACAUAUUGAGUCAAGAUGAGAUUGCUUCAGAUGGACAACAGGUUGGGUUUUUUUUUUACAAGGAUUUUUUUAAAUUAGCAUUUGAUUCAAACAUUUGUAUGAUACAAACUUUACAAAAUAUACACUGUUUUACUGCCUUACAGAAGACACUGUACAUCUCAUUCUAUGUCCACACAUGUACAUUAUGAUGCCAAGAGUAUAGUUAAGUGACUGAUUAAAAUAAUGAUUUGGUUGGUUAGUGUGAAUAACUAUUGUGAUUAAUGUUUCUAAUGACAAUGACAAAGUACAAUGAUUAGGGGAUAAACAUGUAAAUAUUUUCAGUAAAUACUCUCCAUAAAAGCACAUAGAAAUGUAAAAUUGCAUAAUCCCAGGACACUGUAAAUAUCAUUAAGUCCUAUACAAAAUAUGAGUCAAUACUGAAAGAUGAGGGAAUUGAUUGUUUAAAAAAUCUAUAAAAUCUGUUUCAUAGGCUCAGUCCAUUACUGUGUCCUAAGCUCUUCUAUUCAUCUUGAUAUAAAAAUGUAAAAAAGAAACAAAAAAAUGUAUAUACAAAUAUUGACUCCCAUGAAGUAAGACUACUUAAAAGACUGAGACAAGUACACAAAACAAUCAUAGAAAAUAGUACAAAAAUGGUUGUUCUCAAUACCUUUUAAAAAGAGGCUACUAUCAAUCCUCCCAAUCUAUCCAAAAUGCCUGAAUCAAUUUUGAUGCUUUAUUCUCAUUUUUUCCCCCUAAUAUCUAUUGUUAAUAAAGUAUUUGACAGACAUUUUUUCACCAAAGUAGAGGGUAAAGGUCAGCAGAUUAUAGCUCAUUGUCUCAUAUUUGUCCUUUUUAUAUCACAAGUUAUUUAAUGUCUUAGUUCAUUUCAUUAGGUCAGUGGUCAGUCAUGUUGUUAUCAAACUAAAACUCGUGCACACAAUUUUCUUUGCUGCCUUGAUUGUAGGAACAUGGGAUAAAGAAAUAACAAAAACACUCACGAGUAAAAAAAUUAAACAAAUGAUGUUUAUGACAUGAAACAGUUUCACUCAUUGCAUUGGCUGAGUAUUAAGGUUAGGGUAGAACCUCUUGAUAGUACAAGACAAAAUGGUAAUGAUGAGAAACAAACUAGAAUAAAAAUCUAAAUAGCCACAUUUUUAACUAGUAACAUAUUGUAAACAGUAAUUUAACCAAGGAUUAGCUUAUUUCUAUAUUUCUUUUUUAUGACAUAAACUUGUGCAUUUUGGAAUUUGUUUUCUGUCAAAUUAACUUUUCCAAUACAACCAAAUUAAAAGCACCACAAAUACAGAAGACUUGGGUAAUCUUCCAUAUUUAUUGCAUCAUCACAAUUUUCUCUCCAUCGGGCCCUUUAGGAGUUCAUCUCAUCAAUUAUUUUUUUUUACAUAUUAAGGAGACAAUUUUGGACAAGCAAAACAAAAUAUAUUGUUAUUAGACUGUUGUUACAUUUGUAUAACAAACAACCCAUAAGAAUUAAUUACAUAAAUCAAUUUAAAUUCUACAAUACACAAAGUGAAUGUACACAUUUACAAAAAAAAACAAAA